GUCCCGGUUAUUGUCCGGGCUCCGGCGGCGGCUGCGGCGGCGGCGGCGGCGGCGGUGGUCGGUGCUGUGGGGCGGCGGCUCGGCGGCGGCUCGGCGGCGGCUCGGCGGGAGCGAGGGCGGGAGCGGCCGAGACCAUGGCUGGAGGGAAAGCCGGAAAGGACAGCGGGAAGGCCAAGGCUAAGGCAGUGUCUCGCUCGCAGAGAGCUGGGCUCCAGUUUCCCGUGGGCCGCAUCCACAGACACUUGAAGACCCGCACCACAAGCCACGGGAGGGUCGGCGCCACGGCCGCGGUGUACAGCGCUGCGAUCCUGGAGUACCUCACGGCCGAGGUGCUGGAGCUGGCGGGUAACGCCUCCAAGGACCUCAAGGUAAAGCGGAUCACCCCGCGCCACCUGCAGCUCGCAAUCCGCGGCGAUGAAGAGUUGGACUCCCUCAUCAAGGCAACCAUCGCCGGGGGUGGUGUGAUCCCGCACAUCCACAAGUCUCUGAUCGGAAAGAAGGGACAACAGAAAACCGCGUAGAGCAUUGUUUUAACCAGCCCCUUCCUCCCGUCAUUGUACUGUAACCGGGACAGAAGAAAUAAUGGGGACAUGGGGGGUUUUUAAAAGAGGCAGAUGGAAAAGCUUAGACAAUUACUGUAGACACGAUAAGAGACAUUUGUACGUUCUUAGGCUCAAAGUUUGAUAAAGUACCUUUCCACGCGGCAGCGCUUGUGUGGUGAUUGGCUAGGUUUCUCCCGUUGUGUUUUAUACAAAAACGGAAUUGAUAAACCAUUUUUUACAAAAAGAA